UUUUUCUGUCAUCAGUCAUCAAAUCAGCUGUGUAUCACACACAGGGAACAUGUAACAAAAUAAAUGUGCGUAUUAAAAUUAUCGGAGUGAAAAUGUCCACUGAGACAAUUGUUAAAAAAACAAUUCAAUGUUUAUGAUAAAUUCCCAGUCGACGAGACAUGGCGCGGCGAAGAAGCAGCUGCAUCACGAGCCUGGCAUUUAACCAGGAUCAAGGCUGCUUCACUUGCUGCCUUACAUCUGGUCUUCGUGUGUAUAACAUUCAACCGCUCGUCGAAAAAUGUCACUACAGCAAAGAAGAGUUGGGCGAGGUGUCGCUAUGCGAGAUGAUAUACAGGACCAACUGGUUACUGGUGGUGAAGGCGCGGCGCCCCUGCAGCCUCAUGUUGCUGGAUGACCAACAGCGAGCCUUCAAAGCUGAGGUCGUCUUCAAGUCGCCAAUACGGGCCCUGCGCGCGAGAAGGGAUAAGGUAGCAGUAGUGCUGACAUCUAGUAUCCAAGUGUUAGCGUUGCCAUCGUUUCAGCGCGUGGCAUUGCUCAGAACGCCGAGUACCGUGCGGCCAUUGUGCGCGCUCACGACGAACCCAGAUUCGCCACAGUUGCUCGCUGCGCCGGCGCAUAGGAAAGGAUCUCUGCAGCUACUUGACAUAACCCGAGCAGUCAUAGGCUCCCAAUCGAGUUCAAUACCGGCGGUAGUGGGCAUCCACCAAACGGACUUGGUUUGCGUUACGUUGUCCCCAAACGGGUCCAUGGUGGCCACUGCGUCUGAACGAGGCACAAUAAUACGCAUACUGGACACUAGUUCUAAGCUCGUUAUACACGAACUCCGCAGAGGGUCCGACUACGCCGAUGUAUACUGCUUAAGAUUCUGCCCGAGCAACGAACUUAUAUGCUGCGUCUCCGACAAAGGCACUCUCCACGUGUGGGGGGGACGCGAAGGCAACACGUACCCGCACCUGUUCGCGGCGCCCGCCACGGCCGCCGCCGGGGCCGGCCCCGGCCGCACGCCGAGGUCUAUGUGCGCCUUUAUUGACGAGAGAAUAGCGGCUGUUAUAUGCGAAGACGGCACCUUUCACAAAUUCACAUUCUCGCUAGAAGGCAGCUGGCAUCGCAGCAACUAUGAAUAUUUUUUGCAGGUGGGCGAUGAUGAUGAAUUUCUUCAAUGAUGCUGAUCCCUAAAACCCUCCCGUAAAUGUUCAAUACGCGGGAGGCUAGUUAUCCCGCUUUUAUAGCAUAGGAUUAAUGACUUUGUGAUUAAAUUGCUCCCAAAAUAUAAGGGAGACUGUGUUUAUUUUUAAAUCUUUUAUUAAUGUAUAAUUAAAAUUAAUAAAAAUGUGUAAGGUGGAGUUCGACUUAAUACCACCACUAAUAAUAAUGUAUAAAAAAAAGUAAACAACUCAUGACACUUAUAUUUUUUCACUUAUCAUAGAAAAUAUAACGGUUGUUUACAAGAAAAUAAAUUAGGUUUAAAUUUUUAAAUAAGAUAUUUUUUUAAUAUAUGUAUAUAUACUACACAAUAAUGCUUUGGCAUUAAAUUUACCAAUACUAUUUCUAUAUUAAUAAUUUUAUUUGCUUUUGAGAAUUAUAUUAAAUGACAUGUGUAUUAAUGGCGAAAACAUAAGGCGCCUUCAUAUUUUCCUGAUUUUUGUGUUCAUUUAUAUGUGUGCAAAUUUUGUCUGUAUAAUAGUUAAUUUCGGUAAUAAUUAUAAUAUUGACAAAAAUUGACGAAAUAUGAUUCAAAUCAUUCAUUUUAAAGUUAGUCAUUCAUUUAGGCUAACAUUUAUUUAAAAAGACAAUGGUACUAAAUUGCAUUUUAUUUGGACUUGCAGAGGACUGAUGUUACUGCAAUGCAUACCACACAAUUAUUUAUACGUAUAUUUAGAGUUGUUCCCAAAACCGAUGGGAAUCGUGGACUUAGAUAUCAUUUUAUUUAGCCCUUAUUUACAAGCUUCUUACAUGAUUCCAUUGCUUUUGGGAACAACCCAUAUUUUGUAUCUACUAUAUAAGUAUGAGACAAGUACAUUAUUUACACUUCAAUUUCAUUUUUAAGGCUAAUUAGAAAUCUUACCAAAACA